AUGUACGUUGGCUUUACGUCAGCUACUGGUCCUAUACCAACGACAUCCCAUUAUGUUAUGGGAUGGAGCUUCAGGAUAAACGGCAUAGCUGAAGGGCUUGAUAUAUCUCAACUUCCCAAGCUACCCAAUGAGAAAUCUAAAUUUAUGACAAUUGGCUUGCCUACCAUUUCAUCAGUUAUAUUGUUGACAGCAAUCUUGGCCGUUUUUUAUUACAUGAAAAGGAUAAAGAAAAAGUACGCAGAAGAGCUAGAAGACUGGGAACUUGAAUAUGGACCUCACCGCUUCAAGUAUAAAGAUUUAUACAAAGCCACCAAAGGGUUUCGAGACAAGGAGCUAUUAGGGACCGGAGGGUUUGGUAGGGUGUACAGAGGUUUAUUGCCUACCUCAAAAAUUCAAGUUGCUGUCAAGAGAGUGUCACAUGAAUCAAGACAAGGAAUGAGGGAAUUUGUGGCAGAAAUUGCCAGCCUUGGUAGGCUACGCCACCGAAAUUUGGUGCCACUUUUGGGUUAUUGCAGACGUAAAGGUCAGUUGCUAUUGGUAUAUGAAUACAUGCCAAAUGGAAGUCUAGACAAGUUUCUCUAUGACCAACCAAAUAUCUCCCUCAAUUGGGACCAAAGAUUUCGAGUCAUCAAAGGUGUGGCAUCUGGCCUUCUAUACCUACACGAAGAAUGGGAACAAGUAGUGGUUCAUAGGGAUGUUAAGGCUAGUAAUGUAUUACUCGAUGGUGAAUUAAAUGGAAGAUUAGGGGACUUUGGCCUUGCAAGACUGCAUGAUCAUGGAAGUGACCCUCGAACUACUCAUGUUCUUGGAACUCUAGGGUACCUUGACCCAGAGCACACAAGAAGUGGCAAGGCCACAACAAGCACUGAUGUAUAUGCCUUCGGUGCCUUUCUACUUGAGGUUGGCUGUGGUAGAAGGCCGAUAGAGCCACAAGCACCAACAGAAGACAUGGUUUUGGUGGACUGGGUGUUUUCCCACUGGACUAGAGGUGUAAUUUUACAGGCCAUUGAUCCGAAAUUGGGUUACGAUUAUGUGAAAGAGGAGGUGGAACUGGUUUUAAAACUUGGGUUACUAUGCUCUCAUGCUGAGUCUGUUGCUAGGCCAAAUAUGCGGCAGAUACUGCUCUACUUAGAAGGCGCUGCAGCGCUGCCGGAUAUAUCUUCUCUUUGCAUUUCUUCAGCUGGCCUAACAUUUGCACAUGCUGAAGGCUUCGAUAAUUUUAAUAAUUCAGAGGGCAACCGUUCCUCAGUUGCAGAGUCAUUACUAUCUGGAGGGCGAUAA